AUGCCGGCUGUCGUUGGCGGCCGCAGCUUGCAGCUCCGCCUCGCUGGUGCUGCGCUUGUUGCCGCCGCCGCCGCUGUUGUUGUAGUUGUGGGGGUCGUGGAGCCCAUUGCGGCCGCUGCCGCAGCGCCGGGCGCCCCGCUCGCCGAGGUCGCGUUUGCGGCGUAUAACCCCGGCAGCCGUGCCGCGAGUGGCGAGGAGGGCGGCGACUUCUGCUUCAUCUCGCACGGCUGCUGGGGCGGGAAGUCCCCGAGGCAGCAGCGACAGCGGGAGGUUGCGGCACUCAUCGCGCGGCUCAUCGAGGACGCCGCGGGACGGCGGGACGAGCGCAUUCGGUUUGUGGUGGCUGCCGGCGACAACUUCUACCCGCGCGGC